AUUAUUUAAAUCAACUCGCGCCUCUCGUGAUCCUUCUCGUUUGUCUUUCGAAUAAGCCAUGUGUUUCGUUCACCGUAUGAAUUUAAUAUAACAGAUAUCUCAUUGUGAUCAUUUCUGUACAAAUUCGAUGUUUUCAUCGUGUAUACAUAUAUAUAAUUUUUAAGUACAAUUAUUUUCAAUUAAUUUUUAAUUUAAGAUGCAAUUAACGUUAGGCAAAAAUCAGAUGAAUCCAUCGGCAAAUUCGAGCGUUAACUUUGUUGACUUGACUGUGAAGAAAAAAGGCGGAGGAAGUAUCAUUGAUCAACGUCCGUUGUUUUCCAACGAUGGCGAAACUUUGUAUGUGGUGUGGAAGAAUAUUAUUAAAGUGUGCAGCACGCAAACAGGAGACUUUGUGCGAGAAUUUGAGCCGUCAGAUUAUAGAAUAGCCGGUAUACUGGUACAUCCAGAUAAUGUUCACGUGAUUAUAGGAUGUACCGAAAAGGGUCAGCUAGAUUUCUGGAGUUGCCAAAGCAACGUUAUUACUAAGAAGCUACCAUUGAAAUUAGCGAGUGAGAAGGCAAAGAUCAAGACUUUCCACAUUGUUAAAUAUAAGACAUUUCAAGGAAACAAGAUAUGUCAAGCAUUAAUAACUCACUUGUCUGAAUGUGGAAAGAAGAUCUAUGUACUUUUAUUUGACAUAGAGAAUGGAACAUGUGCGAAAUCAGUAUAUGUUGUCGCAAAGUCACAAGAAUAUUACGUUGAUGUGAUUGGAAAUUACGAUGAGAAUUUGGUAGCAGUCUUACAUGACAAAGAUUUACACAUAUUGAAUCCAGCCAGAAACUUAGUGGACAAAUUACACAAGACUAGUGAUACAGGUAGGUUGCCUACUUGCAUAGCAGGACAUCCGGAAGAGGACGUGGUCGCUACAGGAGAUAAUACAGGUCGCGUAGUGAUAUGGAAGGAAUUAUUCAAAACCAGACCAUACACAGCUGUCUUCCAUUGGCACACAUUGCCAGUUAGAGAAAUAGCAUUUAGUAAAUCAGGUACCCACAUGUAUACAGGCGGUGGUGAGUGUGUGUUGGUAAAGUGGACUGUAGCAAAUCCCGCACAGAAGACAUUUCUUCCGAGAUUACCGGCGCCGAUUAAACAUCUCACUAUUGCGCCCGAUAAUUCAUACGUAGCUGUGUCAACGUUAGAUAACGGUAUUAUAAUCGUGACUCCUCAGAGGAAGCUGACAUCGGUGAUACAAAACUUUGCAUGGGGUGUUGUGCUUUCCUCCAAAGAUCUGUUUCCUGCAGGACUCAACUUCGAUCCAAGAUCAAGUAGCCUCGUACUGAAUAGUCGCACUGGACAUGUACAAUUUUACAAUAUUCACACGAAAAGUCUACUGUGCAAUCUUAACAUCACUGCGCAAAAUUUCCUAACCCAAGAGCGUGAUGUGAUUAUUGUAAACACGGAAGUCACAAAAGUCGCUUUGAACCAUGAUGGCACAUGGAUGGCAACGGUCGAAGAGAGGAACGAUAAGGUCUCAUCUAUAGAAGUUAGAUUGAAAUUUUGGAGAUUUGAUAUGAACACGCAAGCAUUUACAUUAAAUUCAUCCUUGGAACUGCCGCACGAAAAUGGUGUGAACGCACUACAGUUUCAGCCAAAUACUUUGGUAUUCGGCGAUGAGGAAUGGUUCGCCGUUACCACUGGGAAGGAUAACAAAUGUAAAUUAUGGAAUUUGGUGAAACCUUCGAACGUGCAGAAUACACAAGAAAAGACACAACGUUGGAAACUGUACGCAGUGAGAGAUUAUCGCAAUUUAGCUGCUACGGAUGCGAGCUUUUCUAUGGAUGGAUCGUUACUGGCUAUUGGUUUUCAUUCUACUUUGACCAUAUGGAUACCUGAAGAUUUUAAGAUGAGAAAUGGUCUUUCGCAUAUUCAAUAUAAUCAUCCGAUAACACGAGUAGAAUUCGGUCAUCACGAAGCCUGUCAUCUUGUGGUAGUUGCGUCUCAACAGUAUAUAGUAGUUUGGAAUAUUUUAACGUUGGCUAUAUCAUGGAGCGUAUCCUUGAGCGUCGUCAGUCUCACAUACGACCCAAAAUCUACGUAUAUGGCGGCAUUUACAUCUGACAAUUCAUUAUAUGUAUUUACACCACAAAGCCCAACGGUCGUCUACAAGAAAACGUGCCUCAUCGAAAGUACCAGUUCCAUAUUGGCUGCUACCUUUGUGCCGCAUCUGAAGGAAAUACGCAAUCCUUCGUUUGGCCGAUGGCAAGCAAAGUCGCAGCUGUAUUUUUUGGAUUCAAAUCAAGAGUUGCUCACGUUGGAGCCAUCUGGAACGGGCAUUUCUCUCGAGAUUCUCCUGGACAAAGGAACCACGCCAUUGAACGGUUUCUCUGACCAUCUGAAUCUACCUGUGUCGAGUCAAGAUCGGGCUGUUAUGCCAGCUCAUGAACGCGGUACAUCGAAAGGAAUGGUGAAAGAUCUGCUCAACGUGACAGCCCACACUUUGCCGUCGUUACGAGAACUGUGCUCACCGUUUAUAUUAUUGUUGGCGAAAAAUCGUUCCGAAGACUCCAGCGAUGACGAAGCUCGAGACGACUCCUCGGAGCCGAAUGAUAAUGAAGUAUUGACGAAACUUAUGGUCACACCGACCAAUGAAAGAGAAGACACGGACGAAUUGAGUACAGAGCUUUUCAGUUAUGAUUGGUCUUCCUUAUCCACCAUACUUCCGGACAAGGACAAUCUCAAUCAUUCAUUUACGUAAAAACUAUUGUGCAAAGUAACUAAUUUGACGGAACAAAGUAAGAAUAUAUAAGAUCGUUAUUUCAACAAACUUUUUAACAGAGAAGGAUAGUUCAACUAUAAAAUAUAAUAAUAAUUUUAAGAAUAACAUUAAUAGUGAUACGUGUAAUGAGAUACAUAUGAGUUAUUGUUAUUUUCCUAAUAACAAUAACAAAAAUAAUAAUAGUCUUAUUAAUAACAAUAAUAAUAAUGUGUAGAGGGCUUCAAUAAUUUCUCGGAUCUGACACUAUCAGGUUACCCGCUCACACAGUAUAGAACUUUACAAUUAUACAUAUUAGAAAUGUUACAAAACUGACAUUGCAAUGUCAACGCAACAAUCUUGCAAUUUUUCUGUUCUCUAUGGGCGAUUAUUCCGGUAGGAGAUAGAUGCAACUUUUGAAAGGCAGAUAAACCAUAUUCAGACCAUCCGGAUCCGGUUUACCUUCAACUUUUACAUGGAUUGUACGGAUUAUCUGAACAGUGAUGUAGAUACCGGAUGAUCGAAUAUCCGUAUAUGUGGGAGCUUUAGUACAGAUUAUUUUGUCGAAACGUUAAAUAAACUAUUCGAACGUCGAGUCGAUUACAUUAAGAAUGUAUUGCCUAUAAGUUAGAUUAAUGAAAAAGUUAUGAAAAAAUUACAAAUUGAUCUAUCAAAUUGAGCAUUUAAAAGUGACACUAAAAUCUUGACAAUAAUUCAGAGCUCGGAUUAAAAGUUAUUCCAUUUUAAAGGAGAUUAUAAAGUGAAGCAAGUUUAAUAAGGAUCCGAUGAAACUUAUGUUAUGUAUAUAUCGAAAUAUUAUUUGUAAUUCAUUGCUCGU